AUGGCGGGUGGUUUCUUUGAAACGCUUGGCUCUCUGCAAGAGUCGCCGUUUGCAGACUACAUGUGGGUCCUGAUUCUCGGCUUUAUCAUUGCCUUUUUCUUGGCGUUCUCUGUUGGUGCGAAUGAUGUGGCGAAUCCGUUUGGAACUUCUGUUGGAUCUGGUGCUUUAACGCUUCUUCAAGUAUGCAUCGCCGCCACGUUUAUGGAGUCACUGGGUGCCUUAACUUUAGGCGGCGCUGUCUCGGACACUAUCCGUAAAAAGAUAGUGAACCCCGACCUCUACAACGAAACUAUUCCUCAGUUCAUGAUUGGACAAGCAUGCGCGAUGUUAGGAGCCGCUUCUUGGCAAAUUCUCGCUUCUGUUCUGAAAAUGCCUGUAUCUGGAACUCACUCGAUCGUCGGAGCUGUUUUAGGUUUCGCCCUUGUUUCGCGCAAAGGGCAAGGCAUCUUUUGGACGACAAUCUUCAAAAUUGUACUUUCGUGGUUCAUCUCGCCCAUUUUGGCUGGCAUUUCCGCUGUGGUUCUCUAUGUUGGUCUCAAAUUCCUCAUCCUUUCGAGAGGCACGGGUUGUUCAAUUCUGUGGCGAGCGGGGGCAUUUCAAGCUGGCUAA